AUGGAGACGAGCAGGAGCCGCGGCGGCGGCGGCGGCGGCGGCGGCGGGGCUGUCAGCGAGCGCGGCGGCGACCGCGCGUCCGCGAGGGGCUGCGGGAGGAAGGCGGCGGCCGGGGCCGGGACCCGCGCGGCAGACAUGGACUUGCAUUGUGACUGUGCCGCCGACACGCCGGCCGCGGAGCCGCCGCCGGGGAAGAUUAAUAAGGCGGCUUUCAAAUUAUUCAAGAAGAGGAAAUCGGGCGGCACCAUGCCCAGCAUUUUUGGGCUGAAAAACAAAGGGGAAGGCAAGAGCUCGGGUCCGACGGGGAUGGUGCGGAGCCGGACCCACGACGGGCUGGCCGAGGUGGCGGUGCUGGAGAGCGGCAGGAAGGAGGAGCCGCGCGGCGGGGACCAGCCGAUCCCGGGCGCCCCCAGGGCCGCGGGGCCCGGCGGGGGCUCCCUGGCCAGCAGCUCGGUGGCCAAGUCCCACAGCUUCUUCGCCCUUUUGAAAAAGAACGGGAGAGCGGAAAACGGCAAAGGAGACCCUGCGGAGGCGAGCAAGGCCGGCGGCAAACAAAGGAGGGGGCUGCGAGGGCUGUUCAGCAGCAUGCGCUGGCACAGGAGUGACAAGCGCGGCAAGGCGGAGCGCGGCGCGGGGCGCGCGGCCGGCGCGGGCGGCCUCAUCCUGCCCGGCUCGCUCACCGCCAGCCUGGAGUGCGUCAAGGAGGAAACGCCCAGAGCCGCGUGCGAGCCGGAGAAGCCCAGCGAGGACGCCGCGCCAGAGCCAGCAGGUGAGCUCGGAGGGGGAGAGGAGGUGCGCGCCCCCGCCGAUCGCGCCCCGGCGCAGAGCUGCCACCAGGGCGCCCGGGGAGAGGACGCCGCGGGGCACCGGCGCGCCGACGAGCCCCGGGCACCCCCCGAGCCGGGGGCUGGCGAGGUCCACGCGGCCGAGGACGCCUCCAGGACAGGGGACGUUCCGAUAAAGACUGUCCCCCUUGUCGACGCCGAACGUGGCAGCGGCCGGGCUUCUGCCGUCCCCGACCCUUCCUCUGUUCAUCCACCCUCAGACCCAUCGGCCGAGCGUAUUUGUUUGAUGUUUUCUGACGUGACUUCACUGAAAAGCUUUGACUCUCUUACAGGCUGUGGAGAUAUUAUUGCAGACCAAGAGGACGAGGCAGGUCCCAGCUGUGACAAGCAUGCCCCCGGGCCGGGCAAGCCAGUCCUCUCUAAAAAGAACCCCAGCGUGGUGGCCUACCAAGGCGGAGGGGAGGAGAUGGCCAGUCCGGAUGAGGUGGACGACACCUAUCUCCAGGAAUUCUGGGACAUGCUCUCUCACACUGAGGAUCAAGGACAAGGACCCCAAGAAGGAGCGGCUAAGACGGCACCUGCACUGGAAACCAAGGUGGUGCCCGAGACCCCCAAAGACGCCAGGUGCGUGGAAGCGGCCAAGGACGUGUCCUCGGUCAAGCGCAGGAGGCUCACCCGGAUUCCCAUUGAGCUCCAUCCAAAGGAGGAGCCCAAACACCCGGAGAAAGAGCAGCAGGAAGGCGUCCCCAACAGUGACGAAGGCUACUGGGAUUCCACCACUCCCGGCCCAGAGGAAGACAGCACCGGCGGCGGUAAAAAGGCCGGCAUCCCCCGGGACAGCUACAGCGGGGACGCGCUCUACGAUCUCUACGCUGACCCGGAUGGAAGCCCGGCAGCCCUUCCUGCAAGCGAGGAGACGACCCACUCGUCCCGGUUAAAGCCCGUGUCGCCAGGCACCAUCACCUGUCCACUGCGAACACCAGGCAGUUUGCUGAAGGAUUCUAAAAUCCCUAUUAGUAUCAAGCAUCUCGCGAACCUUCCAUCCAGCCAUCCUGUUGUGCACCAGCAACCAGCCAGGAGUGAGAUGCCCAGAACAAAAAUCCCGGUUUCCAAAGUGCUGGUCCGUAGGGUCAGCAACCGGGGCUUGGCUGGGACCACCAUCCGGGCAGCAGCUUGCCACGACAGUGCCAAAAAGUUGUGA